CAACUGGCCAUAUUUCUCAUUGCUGACAGAGUCAACACGAUAUCAAACGGGCUCAGGGAAUUGGGAGCCAGACUAAGCCAGAUUGGACUCAAUCGCCAUUCCCGUUCGAGACAACGAGCUGAAGCCAUGGAUCAAACUAGACCAACGCCGGAGAUCCUAGGCAUGCAAGCUGCGCUGCUGGGCGGCAAUCAGAUUUGCUCUACAAUCGUGUCUUUUCAAUUGCUGCCUAGUUUUCUCCUAUUUCAUAAUCUUAAUCUUUUCUGUUUUUAGUUCUAAAAUUUGCAACGCCCACAAUCGUUUUGCUGCUUUCCAACCUGUCGCUCGUUUGCCAUUAGACCAUCCUCACUUAAUCAACGAAUAUCUCACAUUUUCUGGUCGUUACUUGAGAGUAUCACUGCCUUGGACCCAAAGAUUUUCACGGCCCAUCUCGAAUCUGACUCGACAAUCCCCAAAAGAUUCAAGCCCUUCGCCCUGCCCCCGACAGAUGGAGCAACCCCGAACUGAAGAGCGGGCUCAGAAUCUGGCAGUGACUGCACCAGCACCGAGUCAGCCUCAAGCACAGACAGAAGCAACCCAGACAACUCCCACCCUUUCCCAAGCGCAAGUAGGACAACCUCAAGUCCCCUACCAGCCCUACUACUACCCAGCCCAACCUUACAACACAGCGCGCCUCAUACCCUUCAACAAAACUUGGCACCGGACUAAGUUGAUCGCCACUAGUGCCUCCAUCAUCUUCUGCGUAAUCAUCCUCUCCCUCUCGCUCUCCACCUCGCUCUCCUCAAACUACCAAUCCUUCUUCUUCUCGGCCUUGUGGUCCGGCCCCUUCGUCAUCUUAACGGGCCUCUGGGAUGCAUCGGAACUCAUCACCAUCUGCGCGCGGCGCAAGACCGCUAACCGCGGGAUUCACCCGGGAGCCCACGUCGGCGUCGAUUUGUGUGUCUGGCUUGCGGGGGUGAUGUGCGUUAUCAUGCAGACGACCGCGUACUAUGAUGCGGACUUUCACUAUUAUUCGUGUGAUGAAAACACGGCGUUGUUGGCGAGUCGGUAUUUACCGAUCGCGAAGACGAUUUUGGCGUUUUUGGGGAUGUUGACUCUCCUCCACUUCGGUAUAUUCGUUCGCGCCUGUGUGGAGACCAACACACGGAACAGGGCUCGGGGGACGGUUAUUAAUGGCCCCGUGUCUUACGCCCAAGUGCCUGUGCCCGUAUACUACCCUGCGCCUGCUCCUGGCGUUCUGGGGGGUCAGUACCAGUACCCGGUGGUGCCACAGAAUGUGUAUAUGCCAGCACCCGCAUCACAAGGUACCCCCGCGAUGAUUGAGAAGACGACGGGUGCUGAGUCGAUGCUGAGGAACAUUCAUUUGGCUGAAUACUACGCUCCUUCGGUCCCGUUCGUACUUUCUCCCACUACGAAGGUAUAGCCGGCGACAGAGAGGAGAGAGGAGCCUACUAUGGCGAGUGGGAGUGUUCAGUCGCCUGUGUAGGUUGAAUUAUUUCAGGUAAAUUUUUGGCUUGGAGUUGCGCAAUCACGGAAGCAUAAAAAGUGUUUAUGAUACCCACGUCGUCCAUACACUGUUUCAUUUCAGGUUGUAGGUAAUAGAGUUAAUAAGCUUGCGUUCGAGACCACCGCGACUCCCGUCAAGCCAUGUUUUCGCGACUAUUGCCGUUCGCAUUCACACAUUC